GCCACCCUGGUGUCUGUUUCAGCUACAAUGCCUUCCAUGAUGGCGGUAAGAAAGAAAGACGGCGGACCUAACGUGAAAUUUUACGACUCGCCCGACACCGUAGCACAGUUCGAGCAAGUGCGAGGCUGGCUCUCUAAGAACUGCAAGAAGCACACACAGGCGGAGCCGCUGACCAACAAGGGACUGGCCAGCCUGACGGUGCAACUCUUACAGUACCAGGAGGACAGCUUCGGAAAACAUGUCAGCAAGCCACCUCUCACCAAACUACCUGUUAAACUGUUCAUGGACUUCAAGCCAGGCGGAGGUCUCUGUCACAUCCUGGCUGCAGUCUUCAAGUUUAAGAGUGACCAGGGAUGGCGAAGGUUUGAUUUUCAGAACCCGUCCCGUAUGGACCGUAACGUGGAGAUGUUCAUGAACAUCGAGAGGAGUCUGGUACAGAAUGACUGUCUGACCCGGCCUAACAUCUACAUGCAGCCUGAGGUGGAACCCAAACUACAGAGCAAACUCAAGGACAUCAUCAAGAGACACCAGGGCACAGUGACAGAAGACAAGACCAAUGCCACCCACAUUGUGUUCCCCCCGGUCCCACCCUACACUGAACCCCAUAUACGAGACACAGAGGACUGGAUUCGUCCCAUCAUGAUCCUGAAUAACCGAACCCUGGUGCACUGGUGGCACUAUCCAGACAGUUACGACACAUGGACCCCCAGUAGUGAGGUUAACCAGGAGCCUGACCUCCCCCCUCCCCACCAGGGUGCAUGGAAGGUGAAUGCUCGCUGGCUAACAGACCUGGAGGAGUUUAACGAAUGGAUGAACGAGGAAGACUAUGAAAUCGACGAAUCGGAGCCAAACACCAUCCCGAGACGUAACGGUAUCCGGAUGAAGCCUGCUGCAGAUGAGAUCUCCCAUUCUGAGGAACCAGAGAGGAGGGAGAGAGGCAAGCCUGGACCCAAGAAACGCAAGCGGUCCCCCUCCCCGGACCCUACCAAGAAGAAGAAAAAAGGGAGGACCCCCGGACCAACUCCUGACCGUAAGAAACGGUCGUCUAAAGAAGAAGCUGACCAGGAGGACGCGACCAAGGACAUGGACAACCCCUCACCUGUCCCGAAUGUAGAGGAGGUCAACCUCCCCAAAAAUGUGGUGAACACUAAGAAGGACAGUGAACAACAGCCCAUCAAGGGAGGGACUCUGGCAGACUUGGACGAGAAGGAGGAUGAGGAAGGAAAGGGUGAGGAAGACAAGACUAAGAAGGAAGGGGAGGGAUCUAAAGAUGACAACCAGGAGGACAACGUGACAGAGCAGACCCAUCACAUCAUCAUCCCAUCCUACUCUGCAUGGUUCGACUAUAACAGUAUCCACACCAUUGAGAAGAGAGCCCUGCCUGAGUUCUUCAACAGUAAGAACAAGUCCAAGACACCGGAAGUGUACCUGGCCUACAGGAACUUCAUGAUCGACACGUACCGUCUGAACCCCAUGGACUACCUCACCAGCACGGCGUGCAGACGUAACCUGGCUGGAGAUGUCUGUGCCAUCAUGAGAGUGCACGCGUUUCUGGAGCAGUGGGGUCUGGUCAACUACCAGGUGGAUCCUGACAGCAAGCCCACACCCAUGGGCCCCCCUCCCACCUCUCACUUCCACGUACUGUCUGAUACACCGUCAGGACUGCAGCCUGUACAGCCAGCCAAGUCACAACAGUCUGCCUCCCAACAGAUGAUGCAGUUUGCAGACAAGAACAACAAGGACGCCAAACCCGCCUCCAGCGAACAACAGAACUUUGGGUUGCGUACAGACAUGUACACGUCCAAGUCAGCAGCGGCUCUUAAGGCGAAAGCUGCGACGGCCACCAGGCCCUGGACCGACCAGGAAACACUGCUGCUGCUGGAGGCUAUGGAGAUGUACAAGGAUGACUGGAACAAGGUGUGUGAACACGUGGGCAGCCGCACACAGGACGAGUGUAUCCUGCACUUCCUCAGACUGCCCAUAGAGGACCCAUAUUUGGAGGACUCUCAGGAGGCCAUGGGACCUCUGGCGUACCAGCCCAUACCGUUCAGCCAGCAGGGAAAUCCUGUCAUGAGUGUGGUUGCUUUCCUGGCUUCUGUUGUCGACCCAAGGGUGGCUUCCUCAGCCGCCAAGGCUGCUAUAGAGGAGUUCUCGAAGAUAAAAGAUGAGGUUCCGCCCGCCCUGAUCGAAGCUCACGUCAAGAAGGUGGAAGAUGCUGCGAAGACGGGCACUCUGACCUCCGACCUCCUGUUGGACGACACCGGGAUCGCCGGAACGGGAGCGGAGGAGCCGACAGAGAAACCGGAAACCAUGGAAAUGGAAGAGUCCAAACCCGGGCCGUCAGGGGAGGGGGAGAAGAAAGAGGAGGAAAAAACUGAAGAAUCGAAGGAAGAAGGAGAGAAGAAAGAACAAGAGGAAGAGAAGGAAGAAAAGAAGGAGGAAGAGAAGAAAGAAGAAGAGGAGAAAACAGAGAAGGAGAUAAAGAAGGAGCCAGAAGAAGUAAAGGAGGAGGAAAAACCACAGGAGGGAGAAAAAAUGGAAACAGACCAAACAGGAAAACCUGCAGAAGGGAAGGAGGAAGCAAAAGAAGAGAAAACGGAGGAAGUUGCGGAGCUGACGGAAGAACAGAAGGAGAAACUGAAGCAGAGGGACGACAUUCCGAAGGGCAACGUGGCGACAGCUGCAGCCGCGGCGCUGUCAGCUGCUGCUGUCAAGGCAAAGCACCUGGCCGCAGUAGAGGAGCGUAAGAUAAAGAGUCUGGUGGCUCUUCUCGUGGAGACGCAGAUGAAAAAACUGGAGAUCAAGUUACGCCACUUCGAGGAGCUGGAGGCUAUCAUGGACAGGGAGAGAGAAGCGCUUGAGUACCAGCGUCAGCAGCUGCUAGCAGACAGACAGGCCUUCCACAUGGAACAGUUGAAGGCCGCGGAGAUGCGUGCCCGUCAGCAGGCAGCCAUGCAGCUGCAGUCCCAACAGGCACCUGCCCAGGGCGCACCAGGACAGCCCCACGGACACAUGCCCCCCCAGCCGCAGGCCUUCAGUGGACAGGUGUCAUCAGGGGUCAUCGCACCUCCUGGCCCGAGUGCCCAGCCCACCCCCAGUACCUCCAUGGCUACCCAGAACCCAGCCAUCGUGGCUGCCAUGACAGGUGGACCUGCCGCCUCGCCCAGCGGGAAGGGAACUCCCAGCCCUGUUCCUGCUCCAGGUACAGGUCCCCAGGGAGAUAGUGCACCUCCCCCGACUGCAUCUGAGGUCAUCGGGACAGAAUCACCUGCACCUGCCCUCCCCAUGCAGUAAUGAACAGUCCCUUCUUCACUGUAACUCCUACCCCACCCAUCCAGUAAUGAAUAGUCCCUUCUGUUCUCCAGUCUAGGUUAUAACCUACCCAUCCAAUAAUGAACUGUCCUGUCACCAAUUUAGCUCCUACCCUACCCAUCAUGUAGAAAUGAACGGUCCCUUCUCUAGCAUAGCUCCCAACCUACCCAUCCAGUAGAAAUGAACAAUCCCUUCUCCAGCAGUUUUAGCCAUCCUUAUCCAGUACAAAUGAACAGUCCCUUCUCCAACAUAAUUCCCACCCCUCCCCAGUCAGCAUUAAUGAACAAUCCCUUCUCUUAUGUUUCAAUACACUGUUGUGUACUUGGGCAUGGUACAAUGCUGAGAACAUCUUUUAGCUUCAGGCCCCAAAUACAAAAUGUACUGGUACUGUACCUGAAUAGAGUAACACUAACUGUGUACUUAGUUUGGAAAUUAAAAGGUGCAAUUGUUACCUUAAAGUUUAAAAAUCAACCACCGGAAAAAGUUGAAAACAUUUGUGCUAAAAACAGUCCUAUCUUGUGUACCUUUCACAAAUGCUGACACUUCUACUCAUAACUUCUCUGUUCUAAGAUGUAUUUUGCUUGGUAAGGAAACCUCUGUACAUACCAUUAUUUGUUACCUACAUAUAGAAGCAUUAGAACUUAGAAUCCCUUCCUUUAUUGCAAUAGGAAGAAGCCUUACUUUAGGAUAUAAGUUUCUUAGAACCAGGACCAAUAGCUUAUGAGGAGAUGACAGUUUGAAUCAGGUCUGAUUGUUAGAAAGUCUAAGUGUUUCGUGAAGUCUUUCCUUAGUUUAAGAUAGCAAGCAAAGGACUCUUCUUCAAGUGCGUGCAACAGUCAUACCCAUAUGAGUGACAAGCUCUGUAUAAGGACCACCUGGCCAUUGUGGCCACGUUUUGUUGAUCCCUCGAAUUAUUAGCCUCCGUAGCAGGUUUAUAGAACUGGGGUUUUGGUGGUCUUUGGCUGUUUUCUGAUUAGCCCAGUUCUAGAAAUGGGGGUAAUUUAACCAGGCCCGCUAUGUUGUCUAUAUGCAAUCAGAAAAUAGCACAUAUAAGAUCCCAAAGACCCUGAAGACCCCCAAAACCCCCAGUUUUUAAGGCAUGCUGCGGAGGCUAUUGAAUUAUGUUCUCAUUGAUUAUUCAAGCAUGAAGAAUCUUGUCUAUAGUGACAGCCUGUCAUUUGCUCUGGUCACUGAAAAAAUGUUGACUGUAGUUCGUAAUGGCUCUUCAUUGUAGUAUUUGAUGUAACUUACAUAGUAUUACUUGUUUUAGUUGGUCACAUUUUCUAUGUAUGUAUGCCACAUAUGUAGUCAGUUGGACAGAAUGAUAUGUUUCUAUGUGUGCAAACGUGCUAUCUGGUCUCAAGUUCAAAUACAGCCACCUUAGAUGGUGAGAAUCUGUAGGAUAAUUUAACAGAUACUGUGCACCUUUCUGUUGUUUUGUGGUGGUCAUUAGUAUGGAUAUAUUAAACAUUAUGUAC